AUGCCUAUUGUCCACCUCCUCGAUUACGUUGCUGGGAACAUCCGGUCCCUCGUCAAUGCAUUGAAUAAGCUUGAUUACCAGGUAGAAUGGAUAAAGUCGCCCGAUGAUAUCAAAAAGGCAGAAAUUCUGAUCUUACCGGGUGUUGGUCACUUUGGCCACUGUAUGAGCCAACUUUCCAGCGGUGGGUUUCUCGAACCAAUCAAGGAGCAUAUCAAAUCUGGAAAGCCGUUCAUGGGAAUAUGUGUUGGUCUACAAGCCUUGUUUGAAACAUCUGAAGAAGCCCCGGACGUUAAGGGAUUGGGAUUGAUUCCCAUCUCACUGAAGAAAUUUGAUUCCUCAGAUAAAAGUGUCCCACACAUUGGCUGGAAUUCAGCCAUCUACAGCGAGAACAAAUGUUACUAUGGCCUAAACCCUCGCAGCAAAUACUAUUAUGUCCAUUCAUUUGCGGCUCCCUGUGAUACCGAUGCCCUUCAAGGCCAGGGGUGGAAGUUUGCAACAGGCAAAUAUCAGAACGAGACAUUUAUUGGCGCUAUAGGGCGAAACAACGUUUUCGCAACCCAAUUCCAUCCAGAGAAAAGCGGCCAGGCUGGGUUAAGGGUUUUGGAUGCAUUUCUCAAGGGCAAAGAGAUAGAUGAGCUGCCUAAUUCUUACCUUUCUACCGCCGUAGAUGGGCUCACAAGGAGAAUUAUUGCCUGUCUCGAUGUUCGUACCAACGAUGAUGGUGAUCUGGUAGUUACAAAGGGAGACCAGUACGACGUUCGAGAAAAAUCUGGGGCCGAAGGAAAAGGCCAAGUGAGAAAUCUGGGAAAGCCGGUUGACAUGGCAAAGAAAUACUAUCAGGAAGGCGCUGAUGAAGUUACGUUUCUCAACAUCACAUCGUACAGGAACUGCCCUCUGGCGGAUGUGCCUAUGUUAGAAGUCUUGCGCCAAACCUCAGAGACCGUCUUUGUACCACUUACUAUCGGCGGUGGCAUUAGAGACACAACAGAUACCGAUGGGACUGUUGUCCCUGCGCUGGACGUGGCGACGAUGUAUUUCAAAUCUGGUGCUGACAAGGUUAGCAUUGGAUCGGACGCAGUGAUUGCUGCUGAGGAAUAUUACGCUUCUGGAAAGAAGUUGAAUGGCAAGACAGCUAUCGAAACUAUCUCAAAUGCCUAUGGUAAACAAGCUGUUGUUAUCAGUGUUGACCCGCGGCGUAUCUAUGUUUCCUCCCCUGAUGACACCACCCAUCACACUUUUGAGACGAAGUUUCCAAACGAUAAAGGGCAGAAGUAUUGCUGGUUUCAAUGUACGAUCAAGGGGGGUCGUGAGGGGAGAGAUUUUGAUAUCAAACAGCUCAUUGAAGCAGUGGAGGCCAUGGGAGCGGGCGAGAUUCUAUUGAACUGCAUCGACAAAGAUGGAACAAACAGUGGAUUUGACCUUGAAUUGAUCAAUGAUGUCAAAUCGUUCACUACGAUUCCCGUCAUCGCUUCUAGUGGAGCCGGAAAUCCUGGACAUUUUGCAGAAGUCUUUGAAAAGACAUCAACGGAUGCCGCAUUGGGGGCUGGCAUGUUCCACCGAGGUACCUAUGCUGUUUCGGAUGUGAAGAAUCAUCUCCGCGAUGAGGGUUUUUUGGUCCGGGAGGUGGAGUAA